AUGUGCAAAAUUUGCAAAGAAGAUACACCGUUAACGACAACAACAUCGACAACUACACCACCACCCACGACAACAACUCCCCAACCAAUAAGCGAGCGCUCAACAGAGCAACCAGCUAGAACACAUGAAAUUAUUCCGGAUCUUAAUGUUUAUUCACACCAUAUGUAUCCACACAUUUUACAAAGUGGAGACAAAGGUCCGAAUCCCGAGCCAUUUCAAUAUAUGGAAGCUUCAAUUGGACCAACAGGAGAAAGGGGACCACCAGGUCCCCCUGGUCCCAGCGGAUUACCAGGAUUACCAGGAAAACGAGGUGAAACUGGUGAGCCUGGAGCACAAGGACCUCCGGGACCCCCAGGAAAUCGCGGAUUACCUGGUCCUCCAGGGAAAGAUGGAGUAGGUGAAGAUGGAGAGCCAGGAGAACCUGGAAAGCCUGGCAGUCCAGGUCCACGCGGUGUUCCCGGCCUUCCUGGUAUUAAAGGACCUAAAGGACACAGAGGUUUUACUGGAGAGAAAGGUGAAACUGGAUCGCCUGGAGAAAAGGGGGCUGUUGGUCCUGCAGGACCCCCUGGGCAAGGAUUAAGAGGAGAAAGAGGCGAGAGAGGAAGAGAUGGACUGCAAGGACCUCCUGGCUUACGAGGGGAACCCGGCUUAAGAGGAGAAAUAGGGCCACAGGGACAACAAGGAAAACAAGGCGUACAAGGUUUUCCAGGAGCUCAAGGUCCAAAAGGAGAUAUUGGGCAUCCUGGACUGAAAGGAUCCACUGGCGACACUGGAGAAAAAGGAGCAGAUGGAGCUCCAGGUCCUAUAGGUUCGCCUGGAUUUCCAGGACCCAGAGGAUUACCAGGAGUCAAAGGAAAUGACGGAGAGCAAGGGACAGUUGGUCCUCCUGGGCCCGCUGGUGACAAAGGUUCAAAAGGAGAAUCCAUAAAAGGAGAUAUAGGUUUGCCUGGACCUAGAGGUGUUCCUGGCCAAACCGGGCCCGAAGGAAAAAGAGGGAAAAAGGGAAUGCGCGGAUCUGCCGGUGAACGUGGACCUCCCGGUGAAAGAGGGUUGCAAGGGCUAGCAGGACUACCAGGAAACGAUGGACAACCUGGUUCCAAAGGACAAAUGGGACCUCCAGGACCAGUGGGAGUACCAGGAUUGAAGGGUUCAACUGGUGAUGUUGGACCUCAAGGAACUGCGGGACUGAGGGGACCUCCAGUUCAUGGACCACCGGGACCUCCUGGAAGAGGGGAUAAAGGAAUUCCUGGAUUGCCUGGUAAAGACGGUAAAGACGGACAGAGAGGACCCGAAGGUUUGCCGGGACCUGCUGGGCAAAAAGGAAACAUUGGACCUCCUGGAGUACCUGGCUCAAAAGGAGCUACAGGAGAACGAGGUUUACCUGGUUUGACUGGAAGUAGAGGUUUCCAGGGACUUCCUGGUGUUAAUGGAAAGGAUGGACUUCCUGGACCUCAAGGAAAUCCAGGAACUCAAGGUCCUCAAGGAGAAAGAGGUGAACGUGGACAACCCGGUUCUCCAGGAAUACAAGGACAUCCCGGCGCACCUGGAUUAAAAGGAGAUGCUGGAUUAAAUGGACAAGACGGACAACAAGGACCACCGGGGCCUCCAGGAUCAAAAGGACAUGCGGGAUUGCCUGGUGUUGGAUUGCCUGGAUUACGAGGUCCAGUUGGACAUCCAGGAGAACGAGGUCCACCUGGUUCUACUGGUGAGAGAGGACUUCCAGGUGAAAGGGGUGAAAGAGGUUUGACUGGUGCUCCGGGUGAAAGAGGAGAGCCCGGAGAUAAAGGAGAAAACGGUAUAGGAAUUCAGGGAGAGCCUGGAGCUCGUGGUGAACGAGGAGAACGUGGCCCACAAGGUCUUCAAGGUAUUCCCGGUCAAGUUGGACCAGUUGGAGCAAAAGGAGAUAAAGGCGAAAGCGGCAUAAAAGGAACAAAAGGAGAUGGUGGACUUCCAGGUAUACAAGGCUUUAAAGGAUCCAGAGGAGAGCCUGGAAUUCCCGGAUCAAAAGGAAAUCGCGGAGAGCAAGGACUUAGAGGAGAUUCCGGUUUAUUAGGCCCUCCUGGCAGACCUGGAAAACCAGGAGAUGUGGGACCCAUGGGCCCACAGGGAAUGAUUGGUCCGAUCGGACCUAGAGGUUUGAAAGGAGAAGUCGGACAGCAAGGAGUGCAGGGACAACCAGGUGAAAAAGGAAACAACGGCGAAAAAGGUGACAGAGGAAUGCCAGGUCUUCCUGGUUCUACUGGACCGAUUGGCCCAAGGGGAGCAAGAGGUGUAGCAGGUCCACAAGGUAAUCCCGGAAAAGAUGGAAUACCUGGAGAGCAAGGAAAACCAGGAGCGAUAGGACCUCGUGGAGAAACAGGAUCUGCUGGAGAACCUGGCUCUCGAGGAUCUCCAGGUCCUCCUGGUGCUGUCGGCCAACAAGGAAAUCCUGGAGUACCUGGUAUUGGAGAACAGGGUCCUCCUGGAGAAAGAGGUUUGCCUGGACUCAGGGGGAUACCAGGAGAAAGUGGAUCGCCCGGACAAAAAGGCGAUAUUGGAGACACUGGAGCAAAGGGAAUGAAAGGACAUAGAGGGCUUCUCGGAAUGCAAGGAUUGCCAGGUGUUCCAGGAAAACCUGGUGACAAAGGAGAAAGAGGAACUGCUGGACCUCCGGGCCCGGUUGGUGAGCCAGGAUCUCGCGGAUUGACGGGACAACCAGGAUUAGUUGGAAUGACUGGAGCAGCAGGACCUAAAGGAGAUACAGGAAAUGACGGAAGACCGGGACAUCCAGGCCCUCCAGGUCCUCCGGGUCCACCGGGACCACCAGGCCCUUCUGGAGAUGGAUUUGACUAUGGAGCUGCUAAUUUAAUGGCAAUGUUAGGACGAGGAUCAAUGAAUAAUCAAAAAGGACCUUCUGGAGAUGAUGUUAGCGAAGAGCAGUAUCCUAGAGAUGAAGAAUUAUAUAACUCCAAUAACAUUUUGAAGAAUUUAAACUCUUUACACACUCAAAUUAAGUUGAAGAUGAAUGGCAGUAAAGAGAGUCCCGCACAAACAUGCGCUACAUUGUUUUCUAUUCACAACAAGUUAAAGUCUGGCCUAUAUUGGAUCGAUCCAAACGGAUUAAGCACAACAGACGCUAUCCAAGUUUACUGUGAUAGAGAAACUCAAGCUACUUGUUUAAUUGCUCAGCCGGCAGAGUUUAACAGCAUUAACAUUGUCAAGGCGUCGGGAACGUGGUUUAGUGAAAAAAUCAAUGGAAAUUCAUUGACAUAUAAAGCAGAUAGUAGUCAAAUAAAGCACAUUCAAUUUUUGUCAUCUACCGUUACACAAAAUAUAACUAUUGAUAUGAAUGUUAGUAAGGAAGAACUUCGAAACAUACAAAAGAAUUUGUCAAUUAUGUUGUGGAAUGAUGCAGAGUUAAAACAUAAUCGACCACUGCAGUAUUCGUCAUCUACGGAGCUAAUAUGUAUAAAUUUCAUAAUUGAAGGAAACUGUGGCUGGCACACAUAG